AAUAAAAACCUUCGUCCUGUCCUACCAGGUUUAAGGAGUUCCUGAGUAAACAUGUUCACUUAAUGUGUUACCGGAUCUGUGUGCGAGCCCUGACAGCCAUCAUUACCUACCACGACAGGGAAAACAGGCCUAGAAACGGUGGCAUCUGUGUGGCCAAUCACACCUCUCCAAUUGACGUCAUCAUUUUGGCCAGUGAUGGUUAUUAUGCCAUGGUGGGUCAAGUGCACGGGGGACUCAUGGGUGUGAUUCAGAGAGCCAUGGUGAAGGCCUGCCCGCACGUCUGGUUUGAGCGUUCUGAAGUGAAAGAUCGCCACCUGGUGGCUAAAAGACUGACUGAGCAUGUGCAGGAUAAAAGCAAGCUACCCAUCCUCAUCUUCCCAGAGGGAACCUGCAUCAAUAAUACAUCAGUGAUGAUGUUCAAAAAGGGAAGUUUUGAAAUUGGAGCCACGGUUUACCCUGUUGCUAUCAAGUAUGACCCUCAAUUUGGUGAUGCCUUCUGGAACAGCAGCAAGUAUGGGAUGGUGACGUACCUGCUGAGAAUGAUGACCAGCUGGGCCAUUGUCUGCAGCGUUUGGUACCUGCCUCCCAUGACCAGAGAGACAGAUGAAGAUGCCGUCCAGUUUGCAAAUAGGGUGAAAUCCGCCAUUGCCAGGCAGGGGGGGCUCGUGGACCUGCUGUGGGAUGGUGGUCUGAAGAGGGAGAAGGUGAAGGACACGUUCAAAGAGGAGCAGCAGAAGCUGUACAGCAAGAUGAUCGUUGGGAACCACGAGGACAGGAGCCGGUCCUGAGCCUGCGCCUCGCGCUGGCUGGAGCCACCACUUGCAGAUCCUGACCCGCGAGCCAGCUGGAGUUGCUGCUGCCGCCGCCCCCGCCGCCCCCGCCGCCGCACCCUUUCCAACUCCGGGGCUCCUCAGGCCGCUCUGGAUCCCAGGACUCCAGCUUCUUCAGACCCGCCCCAGAGAUCCCUGGGCGCACCGUCUGAAGUGGACGCUGCUGGGGCUGCUGCCCAGGAUGAGAUGCCUUCUUGUCUCUUUUACACUAAGUCCGUUGGAGGAAUGCCAUUAAAGUCACCUCUCCACCUGUACGUGUGUGGGGCUGAGUGGUUGGGAAGAAGCAGCCACGUUCCCGUGUUCAGGACAUUAGCAUGUCCGUCUGUUACAGACUUUGUUGGGGAAAGGGUCCCCCCAUUUGUGAGGAGAGGCACUGCCGAGGCAGUGUGACUUGCUUCAGCCUCAACAUCACCCCCCGAAGCCUCGGAGCUCUGCAGACAGGAUAAGAGGAAAACCGCUGUCUGCGGGGGCUUGCGGCAAAAUGAGGUUUUAAUUCUUGCGCUCCUGCCCACAGGCAGUCACCAGAGGGGAUGGCAGGAAGCGAGGUGGACCGGUGACUAGGGUGUGGUGGGAACCAAGAGUCAUUUUGUGUUCGAACUCCACUGCUAACCCUGAACUCCCAUGUGACUUGCUCUUUGUUAACUGGUGCCUCAGUUUCCCCAUCUGUAACCUGGAUCAGGAGGGGAAGGGUGGUGAUACCUACCUCACAGGGUUGUUGUGGGGAUUGAAGUGCUACUUUAAAGGACAAGUUGUUCAGUGUUACAAGUAUAGGUCCAUGAAACGUGGCAGGAAAAGGUCUGAACUCGGAGCUGCUGCAGAGGGCUUUGAGUUUCUUUUUGUGAGUAAAUAAAAUUGUCUUUGAUGGUCAAUUAAUUGAGGGGUUUUCCCCUUCACUCUUUGUCCCCCGGAUGUAGCCCUGGGCAACACGCUUCGUACAGCAGUUACAGUUCUCUGACUCGACCAAAGCCCCGAGACUGUAGGGAAUCCACUUGACUUCUGGAAUGAGGAAUAGUAGUGUUCAGAAGAAGCUCCUCCUCGUAUCAGAUGUUUGCCUCUCUCUCUGAUUAACUUAGAACUUCCAGCACAGACUGAGAUGUGGAUUUCUCCACCGAUGGGUGCCUGGCAUUAGAGGCGUGUGAAGAGGCACCAUUUGUUAGGGACAAGGGCAGGGCAGUCUGGAUGUAAGGACAGUGGGAAGCAGCAAGGAAAUAGGGGGGCAAGGUAGGAACAGAGGCUCUGGAAGGGUUAGUGAGGGGACAGGAUGGGCAGGUGGCUCUUGGGUGCACUGUGGGCUUCCACACAGCCGGAGGAAAACUGUGGGCUUCCUGGGUCCCCUGCGCCCACCUACAGUCACCAUGAAGGCGGAUCCAAAGCCAAGCAACCCUCACCACUUCUGGCUCCUAGGGUGUACCAGUUUCACAUCCCUAACAAGAGAGAGUUGCCUUCCCCCACAACCAUUUACCCAUCUCUCCGUCCCUCCCCACUCCCACCCCUGGCUCCAGCAUGGCACAGCUGUGGCCCCUGUCAAGAUUUGCACCAGCUGUGGUAAGCGUCAUCUCUCCCAGACUGCCCUCUGGCCUGUGCCCGGGGAUGAGGUGGGAGGGCAGCCCUGCUCCUGAGGCACUGACUUGAUAGCACUUGGCCUGCCCUGCCCUGCCCUGACUGCUUUCGGUUCCUUUGCCUCCCUUGCUAGCCUUCCAUUUCCUCUUACCUGCCCUUUCGCUAGCCAGUGAAAAACAAUUUUUCUUUCCAAUAAAAACCCUGUUUUGACUGUAAGGAACAGCCUCUUAUGAACUGUUUUACGAAGAGGAAACAGUGGUUUUCAGCCUUUAGAGGAGGCAAUAUAUUUAUAGUGUUUAAAGACCAUCCAGAAUGAUCUUUAAAAUCAGUUUUGAAGAUCAAGUUCCCUUUUUUAGAAGUUCUUUUUUAAAAAGCUCUGUUGUUUAGUACGUUUGUAUCAUGAUUUUCACAGGUGUGCUGAAAAGAUCAAAACAAUAUUAAAAAUAUGCCUAUCUGUUGAUGACCUAGCAGAGGAUUGCAAGAGCCUGGGUUAGAAUCAGCUGCUGUGUAAAGAAAUACUUGUGGAAACUAAGCAAGGAUUAUUUCACUGUUUUACCAAGAGAAGAGAUGUGAAUUACACCCCCAGAAAAGCAAUUUCUAAAAUUUUCAUUUAGUGCUUGUCGUAAGUAUGGAGACUCGUCAAACUACACAGCCAUCCUUUUUAAUUGGGGUCCUGCAGGCCCCGCAUUACCCCUAAGUCAGAUGCUUGAUUUGGGAUAACUGGACAGGUCUUGGGUGGUAAAGCCUUACAACACGCAGGAACGACAGAAUCAAUGUAAAGCAAUGUCAAGUACAGAAUACUCUCAUGCUUAGGAUCCUCGCAACAACGAGGAUGACUCGGGAAUAAAACCAACGGCAUCAAUUGGUGGGAUGAGCACUGGUCAGCUUCUAAUCCCACUUCCAAACCUGCUGCUCAUUUGCUGUUUUGACUUUAUUUCUCCAUUUCCUGAUCCACAAUUAAGGACUUGGGCUAGAUGGCCUCCAGAGCUCUUUCCACCUCAAAUGUCUGUAAUUUAAAAAACCCUGGUUCAAACUUUAGUUCUGGGUUCUAAAGUCAUCUGGUUCAGAAAUAAGUCCAUUUGUAUCGGUUUAGUCCCUCUAGAACAUAGGGCUAGUGGACACUCCUGUAGAGGCUGUCCCUCAGUGUUUUAGGUGAGGCGGUGCUGCGUGGGUUUGAGUGUGGAUCUCGGCAAGCUGUUUCCAUUCAACCGGGAGGUAUUGUUGUUCCAGCUAGUUAGAGAAGGAGCUUUCCAGAAAGGCUAGUAAAGUUCCCCGGUCAGAGGGAGCUCGGCAGAAGGCCGUCAGUCAGGCCAGAGCUCCGCAAGCUCAGCCUGAUGGAGCAGUUUGAGAUGGUGGCCUUGGGACAGGAGAACCAACUUGAGCACUUGCUUCUUUACUCCCUGCGGCUGCCCUUCCGAGGGGAAAAGAGGCUGGCCGUGAGGGGGCAGGGAGGGCCCCGCGGUGCCCCGAGUGCCCAGCCCUUGGCAGCAGCCCCCCGCCGACAGCGCCGACAGCGGGCGCCAACCCUGCCCACCCGCAGAGGUGUUCUGGGUCUGGAGAGCCUGCCGUUCCUUCGGGGAACUGCCCCCGAGCCCCGUGGUCCGUGGGGUGGGUGCCCCCGCGUCCGGGCCACAGCAGCGACAGCGAGCCCGCCAUGGUGUGCCUCUGGGGCGCACGCGCGCUGUGUGGUGGCCUGGGACCUGCGGGACCUGCGGGCCGGAAGGGCAGAGGCACGCACUCUGGCUCUCGGACCGGCUAGGAGACGGCCGUCCGGCCAUCCAUCUUCCGUGGCGCUAACACCCCCUCUCCCCCCCAGUCAAUAUGUCUCUCUCCGAUGGGAAAGUUAAUAAAUUUUGCUCUAGAUUAAAA